AUGACGGUUCCGAGAUUGGAGCUGUGCGGCGCGGGACUUUUAGCACGUUGGAUGUCAAGGAUUAAGGAAACGUUAUCAGCUCAGUUAACGAUUUCAGACGUAUAUGCAUGGACGGAUUCGUCUAUCGUCCUUUCAUGGCUUACCACUCCUCAUGUCUCGUACAAGGUCUUUGUAUCUAACCGGAUUAGUAAAAUUCACCAAUCAUUGCCAUCCUGUAAGUGGUUACAUGUCUCGUCUGAAGCAAACCCGGCGGAUUGUGCGUCGCGUGGCCUGAAACCUUCGGAACUGAAUCGUCAUGAUCUAUAUUGGAAUGGCCCUAGCUUUUUGUCCAGCUCACCAGACAAUUGGUCUUCUGAGAUCCCGCGACUUUCGGUGGAAGAAAUCCCUGAGGUCAAAGCAGUUUCGCUCUUGACCAGCUCCGAUCAAGAACAUGAAUGGUUUGACAGAUUUUCUUCGUAUCUACAUAUGCUUCGAGUCGUAGUCUGGGUAAGACGUUUCGUGUCGUUGUGCAAAAGAAAACCUGUAUCUCUUGGGAUUUUGUCGGUAGGUGAAUUGAACGAAGCAUUAGCGGUUAUCGUUAGACGUUCUCAGCUCGUUCAUUUUCGUUUGUUGUAUAGGGAGCUCUCUCAAAAUGCCCGGAUUUCCUCCAAACCGUUAGCUCGACUCUCUCCGUAUAUUGAUUCGGCUGGAAUUAUACGUGUAGGAGGACGACUGCGCAAUUCUCAAAUUUCGACUAGUCAAAAACAUCCGAUGUUGUUAGCAAAAACAUCACAUCUCUCUAGGUUACUGGUACGUCACUGGCACAUUUUCUCUUGUCAUUCUGGGGCACGUUUAGUGGCUUCUCUUGUUUCGAAGCAGUUCUGGAUCUUGUCAAUUCGUAGAGUAAUUGGCAAUGAAUUGAAAGAUUGUGUUACCUGUGUCCGGCUGGCAGCUGUUAAUCCUCAACCAGUGAUGGCGGACUUACCGUCUUCUCGUGUCAUACCAUGUCGACCGUUCUCAAAGGUAGGGAUAGAUUUUGCUGGUCCCUUGACUAUGCGUGAACUUAAACUUCGGAAGGCACGAGAGUAUAAGGUCUAUAUUUCAGUAUUUGUCUGUAUGACGGUGAAAGCUGUUCACUUAGAAGUCGUUACUGAUCUCUCAGCACCGGCCUUUUUGGCAGCACUCGACAGGUUCGUUGCACGACGUGGCCUACCGUCCGAUAUUUAUUCGGAUUGUGGUACAAAUUUUGUAGGCGCGUCGAAGCAACUUCGUCAGUUCUUUUCUGAGGCGAAAACUCGAGAUCAGCUUAGCUCACACUUCCCAUGCAGUUGGCAUUUUAACCCUCCUAGUGCUCCACACUUCGGGGGCAUUUGGGAGGCUGCUGUGAAAUCCAUGAAAAGGUUGUUAGUCCGAGUAGUAGGAGCUCAUACUUUGACGUAUGAGGAACUCAACACCGUCAUUUGUCGCAUCGAGUCGGUUUUGAAUUCUAGGCCGCUAACACCGUUGUCAUCCGACCCAGGAGAUUUAGAAAGUUUAACUCCGGGACAUUUCCUAAUCGGUCAGCCUCUCUUGUGUGUCCCAGAGCCGAACGUCUUAGACACUUCUGGUCGUUUACCCUCAAGGUGGAAACUACUCCACCAGUGUCAUCAGGCGUUCUGGAAGAGGUGGUCUUCGGAAUACUUAAGUAGCCUACAGCUUCGUUCAAAAUGGACUUCCACCGAUACUCAGCUCAGAGUCGGUGAUUUGGUGCUGAUUAAAGAUAAUGUGACUACUACAUUAGGUUGGCGUUUAGGUAGGGUAAUAGAAUUAUUACCAGGUCAAGACAAGGUUGUUCGUGUUGUCAAAUUGAUAACCUAA